UCAAAACUCUAGAAAUUAGUCUAGAUUCUAAAACAAACCAUAGAAAUUAUUUAAAAGACCCGUCCCUAAAAAGCACUUUUAAAAAUAAAUCAAACUGAAAGUUGUCUAACCCCCCAGAAAAAUCGAACAUCUAUGACCCUGCGCACAUAUCAUUCAACAGCCAGUCGUCGCGUCAUAAAUCGGAGCUCUUGGCCAGGCCGAUAUGUUUGUUUAUUCAAUUGCAGCCGAACAAGCAUUCCAUAGAGCUCGUACAACAAUGUUUUCCACCAGGUCCAAGAGCAUGGAUCGCGCUUCCCUGGGAAUCGCUUGGUGCUUGCUCCUUUUCGUCGUCCUCCUCCUGGAGGCCCAGCCAGCGGCGUCGCAGACUCAAAGUUCGGUGCGUUAUCUGCAGAAUGGCAACGAUAACGUAAAUAGCAACAGCAUGCAGCAGAUGCUGAAGGGAGCGGGCGCCACCCCGGUCAAUUGGCCCCAGCCGCCCAAGCAGGUCAUUCCCGACGUUAAGACUGAACUAGCCAAACUAAAUACAACUUAUGUGUACCAGAACGCCUGGCCGGCUAACAACGUGAAAUUGGGAGCUGUGACGGCCGUGAGCUUCGACAAGGCAGGAAACGUGGUCAUCUUCCACCGAGUGGACCGUGUCUGGGGACAAAACACGUUCGACAACAGAAACCAGUACACGGAGAAGUUCCGCGGUCCCAUCAGGGAAAGCACCAUCCUUGCUCUGGAGCCACAGACAGGAAAGGUUCAAUACGAUUGGGGCAAGAAUUUCUUCUACAUGCCACACGGCCUGACGGUGGAUCCUGAGGAUAACGUUUGGGUGACGGACGUGGCUAUGCAUCAGGUGUUCAAGUUUGCUCCCCGCGGUGCAGGUGGUAAACCGCUGCUCACUCUUGGCGUAACUUUCCAGCCCGGCAUUGGCAAAAAGUUCUGCAAGCCCACUUCCGUGGCGGUGCUGAACAAUGGAGACUUCUUUGUAGCAGACGGAUACUGCAAUGCGCGCAUCCUCAAGUACUCACAGGCAGGUGAGCUGAUCCUCACCUGGGGCCAGAACUCGUUUGCUGGGGUUUCCUACGAUGUUGCGCCGCAGAACUACUUCGCCAUUCCACAUGCCUUAACCCUGGUGCCGGAUCAGCAGCUGCUGUGCGCCGCUGACCGAGAGAAUGGUCGAGUACAGUGUUUCCACUCCAGCAACGGAACUUUCUACUCGCAGUAUCACAACCAGUUAAUUGGGGACCGCCUCUUUAGCAUGGCAUACACUCCAGCAGAGGGAGGCCAACUCGUCAUCGUAAAUGGACCCACCGCCGAACUAGGAAUCCAUCCUGAGCAUUACAAUGAGGUUCACGGAUUCGUGCUUAGCAUGGGCAGCAAACAGGUGCUGUCCAAGUUUGGACCAAACAACAUGCAGUUUCAUAAUCCGCACGACGUCGCCGUCACUACCGAUGGAAAAGAAAUCUAUGUGGCCGAGCUUAAUCCCGCUCGCAUUCAUAAGUUCGUGCACAAGUCCCUGGCGAAGCCCAUGUCUUUGUCGGCAACCAAGGACUCUAGCAUAACAAGUGAUCUCAGCGAAUCUAGCGCCUUGGAUGCAUCAACCCAGCAGACGGUGCACCAUCCCAGCGGCAAGGCCAUUCUGGUGUCUUCGCUUAUGCUGAUUUUCGCCGGCUCCACCUUCGCACUGGCAUUGUUCUUUGCCCAGCGGCGAAAACGAGGUUGCAUGCCCUUUGGCGGCAGGAGUCGACGCCACGCAUGGGAAAAAAGUGAUGGCUUUAAGCUUGGCGGGCUACUCGACCGGGAUCGCAAUGGAUUCGAAAAGCUUGACACCCAGGCAAGCGACGAGGAACAGGAGACGACAACGUUGGCGAGCGCCCAGUUUGCCUAGAAUGGGAUUUGGACCAAGACUUGCGCAAGCUAAUGAAGCAUUCCUAGCUCAAACUACCCGUACCUCACUGAACUACUGACUAAGUUUAGUCCUGGUCUAGUCAGGAUAUUACUUUUAUACUUUUACAAUGUUUUGUAAUGUGUACUCUCUCGACGAUUGGGCAGAACAGUUGACUCCAACCUGUCCCUUCUUAAUUGUGUGAUGAUUCUUGUGUAUUAUUUUAAUUUAAUACUACUUAACUUACUAUUAUGCCAAAUAUUUCUUGUCGAAUGCGGGGAUUGGGCCUUCAGAUUGAAAACGGAAUAUAAUCUUAUGCAUUUUUCA